AGAUCAGGAUGCGGUUCAUCGCUUGUGUUUUCUUGGCCUUGCAUUGUUUGGUGGCUUUUCCAGCUGCCACGCCGGCUUUAUUGGCUCCUAUCCAAUAUAAGCAGAGUGUGAAUGGAACCCUUGCUCCUCAAAGCAACUUUGCCUUGGAGCUCAAAGGUGUAAUCCGACAGAUACCCGUCGGCAGCAUCGAGAAACUAGUACAGAAAUACCUUCUGAACGACGUCGAAUUCCAGGGUCUGAUUCGGACCAUCAACUCUAUACCCGCGUAUCAAUUCUACCGGCAAAUAGUCAGCCAACCCGAAGUUCGACAACUGCAACUAUGGAUUGCCCAACAGCUGAUCUUGUCCGGUGGCUCCUCCAAGAUCUUCGAGUACCUGGAACUGGAGAUCAAGAUCAUCAAUAAGUAUCCUUUCUGGUCGCAGGUCGUCAAUGGAAUCCGGGGAUUCGAGACAGAGUUUGCCCAAAUUUAUCCAGUGGAAGUCAUUCGAUCACUCCUGGAACCAAGUGCCAUCCAAACUAGCCCUCUUCUUUCGGAACUCUGGCGUCGUCUGGUGGCCUUGCUCCCAGUUUACGAACGGAUCCUGGCCACUCCUUCAGGCCAGGCCGUCACUGCUCAGCUCAAUCGACUGGGCGUGGAUGUGGGUGGCUUGGACAACCUUAUACGGUAUCAAUUCGGCUGGAGCAACAGCACCUAUUCCAGCCCUGAUUACUCGAAUUACCUGUGGUACUAGAGAUGUUUCACGGUAAAGGCUCUAAGAUAAUAUCCUCUUUACCCUUAAAGUAUUACCAACUAUGAUACUUGCUUACUUUCUGUUACAAAGGAAUGUAUUAACAGAUCAAAUUAAGUUUGAAAAGUGCGAAAACUCUGGUCUUAUACUUACUUUUAACCUUUUAUCGAUUUAAAAUACAUGCGAAAGAACAUUCAA